CAUGAGGCUAGAAACUAGCACAGAAUGUAGAUGGAGGACUGAGGAGGUAGAUGAUGUGAGAUCGUGCUGUAACUACUUCCUGUUUACAGAGGAAGUGGGUUGACGGGAGAGGAGCAAACUCUCUGAGGAACAUCUGGAGGAGCAGAGUAACAGGAGCUGGACAAGAGAGCGGCCAUGUUGGCCAGACGAGCGGAGGUUAGUGUCGACGCCCUGUGCUGUAGCUCACACCGAGACGAGUCCUCCAGCUGCCACGGAGCCUCCUGAGUUUCGUCCUCCUUCAGGCAUGGAGAGCGCGAGAGUUGGUGAGACGCAGCAGAACGUACUGCUGGAGGUCCUCGGCUACUGCAGGUUCCUGCACGCAGCAGUGCAAAGGCUCGAGCAGAAGAUCGACAGCCUGCAGUCCCAAUGCAGGAACCCAGAGAUCUCACAGAAGCUGACCGUGUCAGUAGGGGGCGCUCAGCUCUCCCGCUCCCUCUCACGGCGCCUCGGACCUUCGCCUCAGGCAAAGCCGCCGAGAAGCCCUGAGCGGCCACAGGCUACGGAAAACGUCCCUCCUCAUGGCGUCAACGGGAAGAAAGACAAGCGCAGGAGACGCCGAGCUCCCAGAGCGUCCGAGACGCGACAGGAAGCAGCGAGACUGGUGAAAGAGGAGGAGCCACGAGAUGAAGCUGUGCAGAAGAACAGCAGAACGAAGCGAUGGAGAAAACAAAGGAAACGUCACGCUGCAGCUCGAUGUGACCCCGAGGAGGCACCGGGCAGCGAGGACAGGAACGCUAAUGAGUGAGCGAUUAGGCAGAAUGUCGGGGUUCGUUUUCAGCGGCUCACGUUUAUAUUAACGCAAGUAAUUUUUGGAUAGAAAAAAAAAAUCGGAUGUCCAAUCAGAUCGCUUCAGCUCAGGGGGUGGAGCCAAGUCCGUUUCUCCACCAGUAAACGAGUUAUUUUAGUCAUUACAUUUAAUAUCCUAAUUGCGUUUAUACCUGAUGGCCUUCAAUACAGUUUAACGCUGCAAAUAAAAUGUAUGUGGCGGCCUCUAGGGGGCAGAUUUUGACCACCGCAUCGAACAGUUGAAAAAAAAAUCAUUUAAAUAAAUGACACAGAAAAGGAAUCUUGUAUUCUUCUGUAUGUUGCAAGUCAGAGACAGGUAACCAUAGCAACAACCGUGCGAUCGUAGCUUAGUAUGUUAAUACGCAUGUUUGUUUUCUCUCAUUUCAGUUGAAAAUAAUCAGAACGAGCGCCAGGCGUCGUGUCGCGUUCAGCACCGUCUGACGUGUGGAUGUCGGCGCUCGUCACUGCGCGUGGCGACGCCCCUUAUUUACACUCCAUAAAGAAACACUCGUCUGUUUGUACUGUUGUAAUAGAACACUGAAUAAAGAUGCAUCAUUUUUUUGUGUUUUUUUUAUUAACUAUUCGUUUCUAUUUGCAAAUAAAUUAAAAUGACUGAC